GUUUUGAUUAUCCGAUAAUGUAAAAAUGUUUUCCUCUUCCCCGUAUUACUUUUCAUUGGUUUUUGUAUUCGCGUCGUUGUUUGCGCUUGCCGCGUUAUACGACCGCCGCCGACGCUGACGACGACGACAAUUCUUCGAACUCGAUAAUACCGACCGUUCUUGUGCCCCCGUCGUUUCGCGCCCAUUCGUCGCCAUGUGAGGAACUCUCGGCAAAAGCUCCGCGAAACGAAUAGCGUCGCGCCCCCUCCCUGCUUCCCGGUGGCAACCCGAUCUUUGGUGUAUUAUUAUGUGUUUUGGACCGACCACAGUCACCGAUCUAAGACUUCAAAAUGGACAAUGACAAAACUAAAAUGUCUAAGUCAUCUAUAGAUAAAUCUGAUGAAAUGGAUAUAGAUGAAGAUCCUUGCUCAGACGAAGAUAUUGACAAUGGUGCUCCUAUGUUGGAUGAUGAUGACGACGAUGAUGAUGAUGGUGAGGAGGAGGAUGAUGAUGAUGAUGAUAAUGAAGAUAUGGAUGAUGAUCCAGAUUAUCAAGAAGAAGAUGGUUCACGUGUUUCUACAGAAGCAGCUUCUAUAUCAGUAGAUGAAACCUCUUCUAAUCAAACUCCUAUAGAUGUUAAUGUUAAGACAGAAGAAGGUAACUUUGAAGAAGCAACAUCUUGUUCACCAGUCAGAAAUACUCUUGCACCCUUAACAUCUUAUGAAAGUCCUUUACAAAUGAAAAAAUUGAAUUUAAAAAUUAAAAGAUGGAGAAGGGAAGAUGCUGAAGGUAAAUCUCCAAAUGUUUCUCGAACAGAUGAAAUUACCCCACCUACUUCAUUGACUGUAGAUCCUUCUAUUGAUGAUAGAAGUGUAUUGUAUCAAGAGACUUGGCCAGGAAAGGUAUGUGCGUUUUGUAAUUUGGGGGAACGAAGUCAACUUGGACAAGGACCUCUUUUAAGGUUAGAUUGGGAAAAAGAAUUUAAAUCAACAUUAGAUGAGUUCAUUAAACAAUUGGUAACUAAACAAUUAACUCCAAUGCCAUUACAAUCACCAACUGCUGAAAUGACACCUAUUGUACAAUAUAGAAGGCAAAAGUCUGCUGCAAAAUUCAAACAACAACAAUUUUCAACUAGUAGUUUUGAACCUGUGGAUGAACUUAGUGUUAUUGGUCAUUUGGAUGUUCCCGAUUUAAAUUUGUUAUUUGAACAAUUUGAAUCUAAUGGUUAUGUCUAUGUUCACCAGUUUUGUGCUACCUGGACUCAGGGUAUAAAAUGUGAUGUUGCUGAUUCAUUAGAAAAUGUGCCUGAACUUAUUUUAGAGAGCUUAAUGCGACGGUGUACUUAUUGUGGCCACCUAGGUGCAAGUGCUCCGUGUACAUAUACUAAUUGUUUAAAAUUUUUUCACUAUCCUUGUAUUUUUGCUUCGGCUUCAUUUCAAGAGAUGAGUGUUCCAGCUUUAAUAUGCAAUUCUCACCUUGAUCAUGUUCCUUUAAUGGAACUAUCUGCUAAUGUUGCUUGUGGUAUUUGUUCGACACUUGGAGAUGUUUCUAAUCUAAUGAUGUGUACAGUAUGUGGUAACCAUUAUCAUGGUGUUUGUAUUGGUUUAGCUUUACUCCCAGGAGUAAGAGCUGGAUGGCAAUGUGGUAAUUGUCGGAUUUGUCAAGUUUGUCGGCAACCAGCUGAACAAACUAAAGUUAUGCUAUGUGAAGGUUGUGAUAAAGCCUAUCACCCUGGGUGUUUGAGACCUCAAGUGACAACAAUACCUAAAAUUGGAUGGAAAUGCAAAUGUUGUCGUGUAUGCACUGACUGUGGUUCUCGUACUCCAGGUGCAGGAUUAUCUUCUCGAUGGCAUGCUCAUUAUACAGUUUGUGAUUCAUGUUAUCAACAACGCAAUAAAGGUUCUUCAUGUCCACUUUGUCAUCGAGCUUACCGAGCUGCUGCUCAUCGAGAAAUGGUUCAAUGCAUCUCAUGUCGAAAAUAUAUUCAUGGUGCUUGUGAUCCUGAAGCUGAAUACAUAACUAGCCACAGUAAAAGUUCAGCAUCUGAAUAUAUGUGUCCAAUAUGUAAAAAUGUUGUACAGCAACGUCGUGAUGGUUAUGAUGAAUUUGGAGAUUCUAAUAGCUCAAUAGAUGUUUUUCAACCUGAACAUGACUCUGAAUAUAAGAAUAGCAAAGAUUUUGAUGAUAAUCGAUUGGGUGGCUAUGGUUUGGGUAAAGGAAAGCCAUUUGCUGCAAGUAAAGUAGCUAAAAAACGACUAUUGCUUUCCGGAUAUGCUGGUCGUGCUAAAGGCUUAGGGAAGUUAACUGCUGCAUUAAAACCUAUGUACCAAAAAAAAGGACAACGACUUGUUGAGUUCCCAAGAAAAAGACCUCGAGGUAGAAUGCGUGGCAUAUUUGGUGUACCUGGUCUUGGAUUACAAAGACCUUUGUCGGAUGUCAGUGCCAAAAAUUCUUUAAACGAUAUCGAUCCUAAUAAUGAAAAUCGUAUUGUUUUAUGCUCAGCUAAGGAUAAAUUUGUACUUGGUCAAGAUAUAUGUGUUAUGUGUGGAUCCUUAGGUACAGAUCAAGAAGCUUGUCUUAUUUCAUGUUCACAAUGUGGUCAGUGCUAUCAUCCAUUUUGUGUUAAUGUUAAAGUAACUAAAGUUAUUCUUCAAAAAGGAUGGAGAUGUUUAGAUUGUACAGUUUGUGAAGGGUGUGGACAACGUAAUGAUGAGUCUAGACUUAUACUUUGUGAUGAAUGUGAUAUUUCAUACCAUAUUUAUUGUACAGAUCCAAAACUUGAUUAUGUUCCUAGAGGAACUUGGAAAUGCAAGUGGUGUGCUCAGUGCUUGACAUGUGGCUCUAAUGAUCCAGGGUUUAAUUGUUCUUGGUUGAAUAAUUAUACCGAAUGUGGACCUUGUGCAUCUCGUAGUAUCUGUCCAUCAUGUCAAGAAUCAUAUACUGAUAAUCAAUUGAUUAUUAAAUGCUCUCAGUGUGACAGAUGGCUCCAUGGAAAAUGUGAUAAGAUUGAAAACGAUGAUGAUGCAGAAAAGUGUGCUGAAGAAGGAUAUGCUUGUUUAUUAUGUCGCCCUCGAGGAACAGCUCCUCCUCAUUUAUCCUAUGUUUCAAGUCCUAAAAUCAAACAGAAAAUUUCAUCACGUGAUAAUAGCCCAGAUGGAUCCAGGAUAACAAAUGAAUACUGUAUGGAUGGUAUUUAUUUAUCUGAAUCGGGUAUUCAACAUAUGAAGUAUCUAACCAGUGGUAUAGAAAUAUCUCAUCAGCGUAAAAAACGUAAAGAUUUGAAAAAAGUCCAGUUGGAAAAAGAAGCUGCAAUAAUGGCAGCUAUUGAAUCUGUUGUAUGUAAUAGUAGAGAUAUUAUUAAUGAUUCUAUAAAGCAACAUGAUGAUGUCUAUAAAAUGGAUUUUGAUGAUAUAAAGGAAGAACCAAGUGAACCAGAACCAAUAUAUAAAGAAGGGAUGGUAGUACCUCCUCGCGAUGAUGGGCGUCCACCUGAACCACCAGAAGGUUUUAGUAUUUUGACAUUGGAAUCAGGUGUAAUGGUUUUACGUCGAAAACGAGUUAGAAAUCUUCAGAAACUAGGCAUUGGUGGAUUUAUUGUUAGAGGACGUAUGCCUCGAGCUAAAGACAAAGAAGAAGAAAUGACUCAUGAUAUUGAUGGUGAAGACAAUAAACCUAGGCGAAAACCUAAUCGUUGGAGAAAACCAAAAAGUAAAAUUGCUGAAAAUUAUCCAAAUUAUAUUCAAGAUGCAUUUUUUGGUCGAGAUUUGUUGGAUGCAUGCAAUGUUGCUGCGCAGAUAUUAGAUAGUAGUGAGUCUGAAGAAGUAGAAGAAAAAGAUGGAGUUAUUAAAACCAUUGAACUUUCUCAGGCUGAAUUAAAAAUUAUGGAUGAGGUUAAAGCUAAACAACAAGCCAAAGAAGAAGUAAUCAAAAAAUGUUUAAAUAUUAAAGAAGAAAUAAGUGAAGCAAAUGAACAACCAAAAAUUAUUGAAAAGAAAAAAGAUAUUUCUUCUUCAAAUGAAAAUGAUACCCUUAAAGAUAUUUUAUUGUCUGAUAAUUUAUUAGAUUCCAUUAUGAAUGAACAAAGUAGUAGUAAUAUUAAGACAGAGAUGGAAGAUGCUGGUUUAGUUGUCGAAGAACCUGAUACAAGUGAAACCACUAGUUCUUCAGCUCAAAAAGAUGAAUUUAGUGAAAUAUUAGGAUCCCAUUUUAACCUUGAUUCUAUGGUCAGGGAGACAGGUUUACCUAAUAUGGAUAGUAAAGAUGUUGAAGAGAUAUUUAAAGUAGUUUUAACUGAUGAUGCUUCACAAGAUUCACAAGAUCCAAAUAAUUCUAAUAUGUUGAUAAUGGGUGAUAGUAAUAUUGGUACCAUCCCUCAAGCCCAAAAUGGAAUUGUUAUGGCUCAAAAUCAGAAUCGUACACCAAUUAUGUCUCCAUCUCGUACAAGUUUACCAACUAAUAUGUCUCGAGGAAAAGUACCAGCGCCAGCAUUGCCACCUGUAGUUACCAAUAUGCCUUCUCCUAUUUAUCCAGCAAUGUCGCCAUAUCAUUCAGAGUAUAGCAAUAGUCCAUCCCAAUUUAGUCCAGCAUUUUCUGAACCUCAUAGUCCUUGGGUUCAAAGUGGUGGUGAAGAUAGUUUAGAAGGUGUUGGAUCUCAGUCUUCAGCUUUAAAUAAUAAUCAAAGAAAUUCCCAAAAAAUGGAAGCAGAUGAAGCACUAGGAUCCAAAGCUUCUAUAUCAGCUGUAUUAUAUGCUAAUCUUACGCAUCCUGAGUGGAAAACAGAAUUCCCUUCCUGGCCUGAAAGAUCGAGACAAAUAUUAAAAAAAUGGAGAACGUUAUCUCCAGAACAGAAAAGUCCCUUUUUAUUAAAAGCAAGAGAAAAUAGAACUAAUUUGAGACAAAAGAAAGCACAGCAGGCCGUGAAGGAUGACAGUACCAGUGGCGACAACCGGACCAGUUCAACAUCUAGUGCUACCCAGAGUCCGACGAUUAACAAUGGAGAGGUGUGUCCCACCAAAGAACUGAUGCAACCUGCAAUACUUAUUGCCGCUGGUGAUGGUCAUACUAACUCGCAAUCGCCUCAGCCUUCUGAUCCUGAACCAGAAUCCAACCCACCCCAGCAAACAUUUCCUACAACUAUCCCUACUCAUCCAUCAACAAUACAAUAUAUACCAGUGCUACCAAAUCCUCCAUCGCCUAAUCCUGUUAAUUUGCGCACCAUUCACAUCAUUCCCGCAGAAAAAAAUUCAUCUGAACCUAUUCAAUAUCAAUAUGUAGCAUCAGGGUCAUCUGAAAGAGGGACUUUACAUUAUCCACCUAAUAGUAUUCAUAUAAUACAAACAGUUCCUUCAUUAAUAAUGUCCAAUUCUAUAUUAGCUACUAUAGAUACUAAAAAUCAAACAGAUUCACGUAACAACCUAUUACAUAUAAUAACAUCGCAGCCAACUGGUACUAUACGUAAUGUUCAGUUGGUAAGAAAUGAAUCAUCAUCAGCUGGCACUGAGGGCGCUAAAACUAACAUAACUGCUAGCAGUACUAACAAUUCAGUCAGCACUUCACCUCCGCUGUCUGACCAACAAAUACGCGUACUAACACCGUCUGAGAUAAUGCGCACACUCCCGUCCCUUGGUCAAGAGACUUAUGACCCUGUGGAUCAAGAUAAAAUGAUUUCUCAACAAAGAUCUCGUGAAGCAGAAAAUGAACGUCAAUGGAAACAAUUACAAGCAAUGCGACAACAACAGGCACAAGCAGCUCAACAGCAACAAGUAAUGCAAGAUCAACGUAGUCAAGUAUAUCAAAGAGUACCAGCUCACCAAAGAAAUCUUACUAUUGACACAAAUCAGUUUACUAAUUCAGACCAACAAGUGUUAGUUCAUACAUCAAAUUUAACUACUCAGUUACAAGUUUCUACUAAUCAGGAUGGUUCUUUGACUCCUCUACAAAGCCCUAGUAGUGUGAAUUCUCAACAACAAUCUAGAUCACCAUAUCCUUCUCCUGUAUUAAAAGUAACUAGAGUUGUAAGUCCAGCAUCAGCAUCACCAUCUCCUCAAUAUACACGUUCGCAAUUAACACCUGGGUCAACAGACUUGUUUAGUCCGCCAAUAUCUACUACUUCGGUAGUUCAACAACAAAGAAAUACUCAUUUUAAUCCCUCAUCUCCCAGAGGCCGUGAAGAUGUUUUUUCAUCACCUCAAGCUAAUCAAGAAAUGACCAGACAUCUAAGGGAAUUACUUCAAAAACAGCAAUUUAAAAAAGAAACAACUGCUGAUCAGCGUGCAUGGAAUUCAGAUGAUACGUCUAAUCAAGAAAUCAAUACUCAAAAUGCAGUACAAAGUCAAGAUUUUGAAACUUCUUCUGGACCCACUUUUCGUCAGCCCUUACCACCUAGUGCAGUUAAAGCUCAACGAAUGCCAUUUCAACAAAUGGGUGCUCCAAAUGCUCAAAUGGUUAUUCGACAUAGAGUUCAAGAUCCAAAAUUUCAACUAUUAGAUCCUCGGUUUCGUUUAUUAAUUCAACAACGACCUACUACUGGUACAGUUAAUAAUAGCAUAAACACUUCCCAAUUUGGUGUUCCUGGUAUUAAAAGUCCGAUUACUCAACAAGCAUUGACCCAACAAAAUGCUAGACCUUAUGAAAUAAUGCAACAACAACAUCAACAGCAGCAGCAGCAGCAGCAGCAGCAACAACAACAACAACAACAACAACAACAACAACAACAACAACAGCAGCAGCAGCAGCAACUGCAGCAGCAACAACAUCAACACCACCAUCAACAACAACAACAACAGCCACCACAAUCACAGCAAUCAUUUUCUGUUUCAGAAAGACCUGAAACUAGUCUAGACCAAAAAUACCAAUCUCCUAUCAAUGAAGUUUCAUCAAUAAUAAAUGAUCCUAGUUCUAUGUCUCAAUCCAUAGCCAAUCAAAAUGUUUCUGUUGGAAGACAUAGUGAUAUAUUACAACACCAAUCUCAACAAAAUUCUAUUAAUGGUACUGAUAAUGUAGAUAGCAGAAAUGAAGAAAUAACAGAUAGUGUUACAGAUGAAUUAGAAAAACUUCAACAAGAAGGAGAUACAAAUAAUAUUGGUGAGGUUGACGGGGUCAAUGCUCUUUUGGGGGAUUUAGAUGAUGAUGAUGAACUUUUAGCUGAAAUGGGAGAUGAUUUUAAUAUACUGGAGUAUGCUGAUCCAGAACUUGAUAACUUAGAUUGUGGUAAUAAAACAAACAUUUUAUAUGAUCUUGUUGAUGACGAGGAACCCAAUAAAAGUACACAUCACAAAACAGUAUCAAAUGAUAAGUCUUCAGAAGAAAUUGAGACUAAAACUAAAGAAGAAGUAGAUGAUCUACCAAGAUUAGGUAGUCUAAAUGAUAGAAAAGAACAAAAUAGUAUAACUCAAGCUUUAGGAAUUGAAAAGUUUGAACAAGAUAUUAUUAAUUCGCCAAAAAUUGAAAAUUCUUCAAACGUCAGUACACAAAUUGUUCAAGAUAAUCAAAUGACUAAUGUAAUGCAGAACAGGGAAAAUAAUUUGAAUUUUAUAUCAAACUUUCCUGGAGAUAAUCAAAUACCUAAAAUGACACCUAUUGGAGCAGUUCCUAUACAGCAACAUCGGCUAAUUCAAAUGCAGCGUACAGUUGUGCCUAAUCGUAUGAUGGGUGUAUCUCAACAGAUUAUACAGCAAGGCACUGUUCAACAAACUCGACAACUCGCUCCACCACCACCUUAUCCAGGUCCUCCACCACCUUAUCCUGGACAACAUCAGGUCCGUAUGAGGGCUUCUUUACCACUCAAUGACAUGGUACCACUCGGUCUUAAGGGCGUUCAAAUGCAGAGAAGACCAUUGUUGCUUCAGGAACAGCCUUUAUUAUUGGAAGAUCUUUUAGAACAAGAAAAACGAGAACAAGAAAAACGACAGAUUGUUGAUUCAUCUGGUGUUAGUAAUAAUGUUUCAUCUAGUGGUUCAUCGCUUCCUUCUUUAAUGAGUGAUGCUGAUUUUGAAUUUUUGAGAGCUGAUGUUAUGAAUUCUUCUACUAAUGGUACUGCUAUUGAUUCACCGCCUAUAAUUCAAUCAAGUGGUUCAGGAGUUGUACAACAAGUGGGUGAGCAAAUGCAUAUGCAGAGACCUACAUUUAUGCAAAGAUCUUCUCAACUUGUACAAAAUUGGACUCAACCUCAACAAUUAUCUAGUCAAUCUCCAGCUAGACAACAAUUCCCUGAUCAAUCUGUAAAAGUUGCAAUUUUUAAUGCUCCAGUGUUAACACCUCCAGCACAACCACCAGAAGUAAUUAGUACAGAACAAGAUCGUCAAAUACAACUUGCUUAUGAAGUUUGGCUUAAUGAACAAAGUAAUAUUGUUACGAAACAAUUAAAAUAUUAUGAAAGUGAAGUCCAAAAAUUAAGAAAAAUGAGAAAAAGUAUGAAUAGUAAGCAACGUGUAGCUAGAAAACAAGGCAAUGAGCUAUCUGAACACGACUCAAUAGAACUUCAGCGUAUUACUGGAGAACAACAAGCUUUGCAAAAAUUAUUGGAGACCAGUCGUAAACAAAAUAAACAGCACAUGGCUAUAAUACAGGAAUAUAAAAAUAAACACCGUUCAACAACUACAGAAAGUCCACAGUCUCCAACUAUAAUGAUGUCGCCAAACUCAUCAGUUAGCGGUACUAUUCAACAUCAACAGAAUUCUAUGUCACCUCAUAAUAGUAUCUCAACUCCUUUAUCCCAAACAGAAGAAAACCCAUUUAGUCCAAACAAUCAACAAUCACCGUUACCAUCACCUAGGUCUAGCUUACCAUCACCUCACUUGCGUAAUCCAGGUCAAUCGAGUCCUCGGCAAGUGGUACCAAAUUCAAACUCUCAAGAUCAACUAUCAAGACAUACAGGAAUGACUCCAAUAAGAUUUGUGCGUUCGCCAGAUGGGUUGACAUUAAGAGCACGCCCAACUCUUGUAUCUCUUCAAGGUCACAUGCCAUCUGUAAAUUCUUCAAAUACAUAUCAAGGUUCAAAGAUAACAAAUGUUACUAUAAGUCAAGGAUCUCAAAUUCAACAGCCUCAGCAGAUACAACGAUUAACAUUCCAACAAUUAACUCCACAACAGCAACAGCUACUUUUACAAAGGAAGCUUGCUCAAAAAGCAAUACUUAUUUCUCAGCAACAACAAGAAUUAAGUAAUUCUGCUAAUCAAGAUCCAUUAGAUGUUCAACAACGUCAAAUCCAAUUAGCCCAACAUCGUCAAAUGUUAUUGCAGCAAAUUGAACAAAUUCAAAAGCAAAUGAAUGAUGGACAGAAUCAGCAACAGAGACAAAUACUUGUUCAACAAGCAGUACCUGGAAAUCAAGAUGGAAAAACAGAAAUGUCACCUCAACAAAGACAACAAAUUGUCAUACAGAGGCAAAAUAUAAUAUUACAACAGCAACAACAAUUCCAACAGGUACAACAAAAUGUACCUCAACCACAGCAACAGAUUUUACAACCACAGAAUAAUCAAAAUCAAAUACAAAUGCAAUCACAAACCAAUCAAAAUCUUAUUCAAGUACAGCAACAACAACAACUACAGCAGCAGCAACAACAAUUACAGCAGCAGCAACAACAAUUACAACAACAGCAACAAAGUCCUGGACAAAACAAUAUGACUCAACAGCAAAAAAUAUUUCAGCAUCAACAAUUACAGUUACAAAUAGCUAAACAGCAACAUAUUAUGGCACAACACAAUGCUCAAAUUCAACAAAAAUUAGUUCAACGUUCUCCUCAGCAACAAAAUGUAAUUCAAUCACAAUUGUCCCCUCAGCAGCAGCAGCAGCAGCAGCAACAACAACAGCAGCAGCAGCAGCAGCAGCAGCAACAGCAACAGCAGCAGAAGCAACAGCAACAACAACAGCAACAAACAGUAUUAUUACAACAGACUAUUAAACAAGAACCUGGAGAAAUUGUUAAUCCGAAUAUUGUACGACAACAACAACAACAACAACAGCAGCAGCAGCAGCAGCAACAACAACAACAACAGCAGCAGCAACAACAGCAACAAAUGUUAUUGCAGCGCCAGCAACAAUCAAGAUUUCUUCAACAACAACUUAUUUCUCAAGGCAAAGUCAUUAGACAAAUAGUUCAGCCUCAACAACAGUCUCCUAUUCCUCCUCAAAGUCCGAAUCAACCACCAUUAUCACCCAUGCCACCACAGAGUCCUAUUUCUAAUAACCAACAGUACUGUCAACCAAGUAGCCCAAUGAUAUCAGCUCAGUCUCCAAUGUUAUCGCAAAGUCCUCAGCAAUUUUCACAACCGGUACAAUCUCCUAAUCCUGUACAGUUUAAUCCUAAUUCACCAAUGCCUUCUCAAAGUCCUAGGCAAACUCAAUUUGUUCAACCUACAUCACCAUUAAUGCCCCAAAGUCCUAUGGUUCAAGGAUAUACUCAUCCUCCAGCAACCUCACCAUUUGGUCAACCUCCUAGUUCGCCGAGUCCUAGGCCAUCUCAAAGUCCAAGAAACAGUUUAGGCCCUCCUAGCUCACCAAUGAGUCCUAUGCAGCAAAAUCCAUACAUAAGACCAACAACAAGUCCAAUGCCUGCUAGACGAACAAAUGUAGGUAGUAGUCCAUUAAUGCCAGAUCAACAAGAACAUAGAGAAGAAAAUAAUGUACCACCAGAUGGAUAUCAAUAUGCAAAAUUAGGACUUCGUGGUGGCAAAGAUAACUUUAUACCUCCUAAAGGAUAUAAGUACACUAAAUUAGGUCUUAAAGGUGGAGCACCUAUGUGGAGUACAGGAAGACAGUUUGUGAGUAAAGAUUCACAAGAUGAGGUUACUAGAAGUGUAUUUAAAAGUAAUGAUAUGCCAUUAAGUGCGAUACCAGUAUCUAAAGUUUCCUCAUUAGUAUCUUUAGAAUAUGGUGAUUCUGAUGAUGAAGGUUCAAGAACACCUCCAGUUACUUCUCCACAACCGCCUCCAAUUCAAAUAUCCAAACAAAAAGAAGCUCCUAAAGGAAUUAACACGGAUCCAAUGAUUAUUUCAACAUCUAAAAAUGAAAAUAGUCGAAAUUUACCAGUUUACAAAGAUGUUAAUUUGUCAGAAAACUGCAAAAAAGAUACCAUUGAGUUGGAAAAUAUACAAAUGAUUUCAACAAUACAUAUGAGUAUGGAUCCUGGUCAAAUAUCAUUAAACUCGAGUAGAGUUGGUGAAGAAUUAUUAGAAAUAGAUAGGGAAAUAAAUUCACCUGGUUUAAUGUUGAAUGAAAAUGAUGACAGCAUUCUUGGUGGUCUUCCAAAAGAUGAAGCUUCUGAAAUGGAUAGAUUAAUGUUUUUUGAUGAACUUGGUGAUAGUAUUAAAUGUGAUCAAGAGGAAAAGAGCGAAUCUCCUGAGAAAUCUGUUUUUAAUCUGGACAAAUUAUUAAAUGAUCCAGAACCACAUAUAGAACAAAAAGAAGAGCUCAAACUGGAAGUUCAACAAGAAAGUUGUAAGUCAGCUGAACUAAGUCAAGAAAAUGAAGAAGAAAAAAUUGAUAAUGUUAUUUCAAGCUAUUCAUUUCAUUCUUACGCAAAAGUUCCAAAACCAGCACCAUCACCAAAAAAAGAAAAUUGUUUAGCAUCCAUUUUAAAAUCAGAUCAACCAGAUGAUUUAAAAAAAGUUACUGACUUGCUUCGGUCCCAUUCAUCUAAUCAAAAUAAAAAUAUUAUUAUUUUAAACCCAUCAUCAGAUGCAUUAAAAGAUCAACAAGUAAAACAAAAUUUACUCUUAGCAAAAUCUGAAAAUCUCAAACAUUCUGAUUUAGCUCAAAUUUUAAGUAAUAUCAUGUCUCCCAAACAGAAAGAUGGUUUCAUUAAAAUUGAAACUACAAAAUCAGAUGAUAAUAUAAAACACUCAACCUUAGUUUUACCUGCACGUACAACAUCAGUUGUACAAAGCUCACAAAAUUUUCCAUGGGAAUCUAUAACAUCAUUUACUACUGCAACUUCAACUACAUAUGCUAAAUCUAUUCAAAUUAUAUCAAAAUCUGGAGAUAAAGAAUCUAAAAAUGGUUCUCAAUCAAUGGUAAAUGUACCAAAACAGGAACCACGAGCUCCUAAAGUUAUUGAGGAAUCUCAAAAUGUAUUGCUGAAACAACUCUUACAAAACACAGCUUGCGCUAAUCAAACUUCAACUUCUACAAGUUCUUUAAGUUUACCAAUUGUUCCUUCUUUAGAAGCUCAACUUGCAAGACCAGUUUCGCCAACACCAUCUUCAUUGUUUCCUUCUUUACUAUCACCAAAAAAAGAAGAUAAAUCUGAAUCUCAACUUCAGUUAGUAAAACUUGAAUCUGAACCUCUGGUUCAAAAACCUGAGUUGCAACCUCAAGUACCUCUAAAACCUGAGCCUAUAGUUCAAGUUCAAAAAUCUGAACCUCAACUUCAAGUUUUAAAAGUUGAGCCUCAAUCCCCUAAACCUUUAGCUGUUCUACAGCGGUCUGAAAUACAAUCACCUGUUACACAAACUUCACCACAGCCAUUGCCACCUUCAUCAUUACUUCAAUCACAAACGCAGCUGCAAUCACAACAACCUCAAAUGCUAUCAUCUCGAUCAGUUAAAACAGAUUCAAUAAUGGAAUCUAUUAAUUCAGCAAUUAAACAAGAACGUAUUGAAGAAGAAUCUAAAAGUGAAAUUCAUGUACCUGCUGUUUUAGCUGGAUUUAGUCCUGAAAGAGAAGUAAAAAGAGAAAUUAUGUCAUCUGAUGAAUUAGUAUCACCGCAAAAUUCUACUAGAAUAGUUGAUCCAGCAGAUAUGAAUAAUUCCAUAAAUAUAUCAAUGGAUUUGUUGAAUGCUGAUACUCAAGAUCAAAAGCGGAAUAAACGUAGACAAUAUUAUGCUAAACGUAGACAAAGUCAAGGGAAGGAUGUAAGUUCUACAAUUAUUCCGAAAAAACGACAUCGAAAGGGUUCUAAACCUGAAGAAGAUUAUGAUUCUUUCAUUGAUGCACUUAUGUCGCAAUUACGACAGCACCAGCCAAUGAAUGUUAUUGAGCCAUCUUUAAAUCAAAAUUUAACAGCUUGUCCAUUAUUUGGUAUGGGUGAUGUAGUAUCACAACAAAAUUUCAAAAGUGGUGACUUAAAAGGUAAAGUGGGAUCAUGUAAUUUGCCAGGCGAGAGUGAUUAUUAUAAUACAAGGCCUUUUGGUGAUUUAGAACCUGUUACACCAUUACCGCAACCUUCUACUCAAAGAGGUUUUUACAAUGAAGAGUUUGAACCUUUAAAAUUUGAAUCUGACAAUGAUGAAAAAAAGUUUGAAAUUGGGCGUGAUCGUGAUGAUACUCCAGAUACAAUAAUGAGUUCAUCAUCUCCAGAAUUGGCAGUAUGUGAAACUCCAACUCAUUUUCCUGGACUCAAAAAUUAUGAUGAUGAUAGUGAUUCAACCGAUACACUGUUAAAUUUCACUCGAUACAUGUCUCCAGUUCAUCAACUUAUUGCUCCAUUAGCUCUGAAACCUCGACCUAACUAUAAAAUUAAUAAUGAGGAUGACAAAGAAAAUCAAGGUUCAAAGCAAGGUUUGUUAUCUCAAGUUGGAAAAACACCUCCACGAAGUUCUCCUGCAUUGCCACUACGGGACUCCAAUACAAUGACAGUUACAUUAACUAUAACAUCAGAAGCUGCUGAAGAUAUUAUGGGAGUUCUUCAAGGUUUAGCCAAUUUACUUGAUUUACCUGAUAUUCCUAAUUAUAAAGUUACCGAAAGAACUGUUACCCCAAUGUCACAUAAAUUAGGAUUGUACAGAUCUAAAACCAAAGAUGGCAAAGAAGGAGUACCAGUAGAUAUUCAAACUAUAUUAAAUGGUUUUGCUAAAUUUUGUCGGCAUUGUGAUUUAGUUAUAUUAAAUAAUUUAAUAAAGAAGAAAGCAAGCGAAAUUCCUUUCUUAACUGUUGAAGAGUGCUGUGCAGAUGAAAUAUUUUUCUGUAGUACCAUGUGCUUUCAAACUUUUGCUUCAUUGUUGCGCCCACCAGCUGAAUCUCAAGAUAAAGCAACUACUAUUGUUAAUCAUUUAUCUGAAGCUUCACCACCUAAACGUUUGAAAGUAGAUCUUGAAACAAACAGUCCAAUGUCCAAUAAAACUGAUUCUGUUGAAAAAAUGGAAAUUGAUGAUACUUCAUUCAAUUUAGAAGAAAUAAAAACUGAAUCAACUGUUGAAGAAGUGAAAACAUCACAUAGGGGAAAUGUCUAUAGAUACUGGAAUUCAAAUAGUGUUCCAGCUCCACUUACAAAACACAAAAAAUCUACUGACAAAGAACUAAUGGAGAUGUUGUUUCGGAUGGGAAUCACUGUUACAUCACCAAAAUUACCUGAAGAUAAACGCUUGUGUUUAUUUUGUCAUCAAUUUGGAGAUGGUGUUUCAGAUGGACCUUCUAGGUUAUUAAAUUUUGAUGUUGAUAAAUGGGUCCAUUUAAAUUGUGCCUUAUGGUCUGAAGACGUUUAUGAAACUGUUAAUGGGGCUUUAAUGAAGGUUGAUAUUGCUUUACGUCAAUCUCUUAGUGUGGAAUGUAUAGUAUGUCAACGGCCUGGCGCAACACUUAAAUGCUACAAACUUAGAUGUUCCACUAAUUACCAUUUACCUUGUGCCGUCAAAGAUGAUGCUGUGUUCUAUAAGAAUAAGACUUUGUAUUGUAGUAUCCAUGCUCCAAAGAGCGAUAAAGAAAAUGAGCUCACAACUUUGUCUGUGCAUCGACGUGUUUACAUUAAUAGAGAUGAAAAUCGGCAGGUAGCUGCUGUAAUGCAUCAUUCAAGUUCUCAUCAGUUUUUAUUACGUGUUGGUAGCUUGACUCUUCUAAAUAUUGGUCAAUUGUUACCUCAUCAAUUAGCUGCAUUUCAUACACCUACUUCUAUCUAUCCAAUUGGUUUUAAAGUGGUACGUUUGUUUUGGAGUAUGCGAUUACCUAACAAACGUUGUAAAUACAUUUGUUCUAUUCAUGAAGUUAAUGCACGUCCCGAGUUUAGAAUUAUUGUUCAAGAAAUGGAUAAUGAAGAUUUAGAACUUAAAGAUUCUAGUCCAAGGGCAGUUUGGGCAAAAGUUUUGUCAGCUAUUGCUAGUAUGAGAAGUACAAAUAAUUUGUUAAAGGUCCAUCCACAACAUGUGAGCGGUGACAGUUUAUUUGGGCUUACUGAACCAGCAAUUGUCCGUGUUUUAGAGAGUUUGCCUGGUAUUGAAACAUUAUCUGACUAUCGCUUCCGAUAUGGUCGUAAUCCUCUCCUAGAACUUCCUUUAGCUAUUAAUCCAAGUGGCUGUGCUCGUUGUGAAGGUCGUAGACGAGUAGUUCUUCCUGGCAAACUGCGAUCACAUAUACCUAGAUCUUUUACAUCUUCUCAUGGUUCAUCAUUAAUGAGUCAACUAGAUCUAUCAGCUCCGCCAACUUGUCCCUAUUCUAAACAUUUUGUUCAUUCUAAAUCUUCACAGUAUAAGAAAAUGAAACAAGAAUGGAGAAAUAAUGUUUAUUUAGCCAGGUCUAAAAUCCAAGGUUUGGGACUUUACGCAGCUAGAGAUUUAGAAAAACAUACUAUGGUUAUAGAAUACAUUGGUGAAAUUAUCCGUUCACAGUUGUGCGAUUACAGAGAAAAACUUUAUGAGGCUAAGAACCGUGGUAUAUACAUGUUCCGCCUUGACGAUGAUCGAGUUGUAGAUGCUACUAUAAGUGGUGGUCUAGCUCGUUAUAUAAAUCACUCUUGUAAUCCAAACUGUGUUACUGAAAAAGUGGAAGUAGACAGGGAACUUCGUAUAAUAAUAUUUGCUAAGCGAAGGAUUGCUCGAGGAGAAGAACUUGCAUAUGACUACCAGUUUGACAUUGAAGACGAUCAACAUAAGAUACCAUGCAAUUGUGGUGCUCCCAAUUGUCGCAAAUGGAUGAACUGAUUUAGUUGUAGCCAUAUAAGUAUUUUACCAUUUUUUUUUUUUUUUUAACCUUUUUAUCAACGCAAUACUUUGGGUAUGUUAAUUAUUAUGUUUAUGUUAUGUAAUAAUGUGCCCAUAUAACUUUACACAAUUUCUGUGAUAGGAUCAAAUUUUACACAUUAUAUAUAACAUUUAUAAUAUUAAUGUAAAUAACUAAUGCAGUAGAGCAAUAGAUACAACAUGCUAUUUUUGUAAUUAUCUUAAAUAUUAAUACAGUAUGUAUAAAAUUAUUGUAUAAUAAUAUAUGUAUAAUGUAAAUAAUCGUUAAAGGACGAAAACAACAACAAAUAAUGAUCUCUUUAUUUGAGACAAGACUUGAUAUCAUAAGUUUCUGUUGGUGUUUGUAAAAAAAAAAAAAAAAAAAAUUAAAAAAAAAAUUAAA